UUAUAAUUCAAACUAGUAGUAAUUUUUCCAUUGGUUAGGACGGUGCUAACUAUUGUACAAUUAGCACUGUAGCCGUUCCCUGAUUUGUCUAAUGAGAUAGCUGGACGAAACUUCGUAUCCGCUGCCCGUGGAGUUGGAACCAAGAACACUAUUUCACGAAAACUACAAGUGUUACAAUAAUGGCCGCACAUUUCGCGACAAUACUUCCAUUAGAUUUAUUUAAAAAAAAUUACUUCUAUUAAAAAAACAUGCAUAUACUUGCUUUUUUAGUGACUGUAAUCUUUUGAAUGUACUCAAUCUUCCAAUUCAACGUGUUUUUUUUUUUUUUUGCAUCUUAGGGUAGUUUAGUUUUGGUUAAAUCAAUGCAUUGUGGUUUAGGGCUGGCAUUUCGGUUUGCGGUUAGCGGGUAACCGCCGGUUUUAACCGAAAACCACCGGUUACAAGCUAAUCGAAAACCGACCGGUCACUUUGACGGUCGGUGGUCAGAUGGGAAAAGAUAGGGGUCGGUUGACCGAGUAACCGACGGUAAUUAACCGCGGUUAAUCCGACUAACCGGGCCAACCAAGACCCACCUUCACCUUCCCCAAAAUAUGUCUAGAUUCAUCCCAUUCCCAAAUCUUAAAUAAAAAAAAAAUCUCAAAUACAGGAAGAAGAAGAAGCAGAUCGGCAUAGAUGUCCUCCUCAUCCUCCCCCGCCGAUUUCGAGGUCAGCGUGAAGGAGAUCUCUAUCCCAGCUAUCACUUUGAGCAGCCCCUGGAUCACAGCAGCGAGAUGUGCGCUGGUCUCGCCGAUGACCCAAAACUGCUCGUUCCUCCACAACUCCUCCAGCAUGCAGCCUCAUCCGUCGCCGCCGCCGCCGCCGCACCGGCCUCAUCUUCUAGGAAGAAGAAUCGAGAAGAAAGGAGAAGAAAGGGUCUGGAUUUCUCUUGAAAGGAAGAGCAAGGGUUUCUUUCUCUUGAAAGGAAGAAGAAAGGAGAAGAAAGAAGAAUCGAGAAGUGAGUAAGUGGUCCGGAUUUUUUGUUUCUUUUAAGUUUUUUUUUUUUUUUAGAAAAGGUAUUUUUCGGUUGGCCGGCUAACCGAGCAUUAAACCGAAAUCGACGGUCGGUUGGCUGGGCUAACCGUGACACUCUCACGGUCGGUGGUCGGCAGCUCUAAGGACUGGUUCGGUUUAAUCGAUAAUCGGGUUUUCGGUUAAACCGAAACCGACCAGUUGACAGCCCUAUUGUGGUUAAUGCAUGCACUGUAAUAUACAUGCAAUUAAGGA